GUUUGUGUGGGGGAGGAGGAGCUGUCGCGGUCCUGCUGGAGCCGCGCUGUUCAGGGACUGUCCGUGCCAUCGGAUUAGUGUGUUUUACCCCGUUUUUUUCCUCCAGGAGAUUGUGAGGGGGCCCCUGGGGCUUCACCUUUCAGUCUGUCCUGUCAGGUGUGGGGUCCUCGGACAGGGGCUAUCGGCCCUCGGACCGGAGCUGUCACCCCGCCGCUCCAUGUCUCGAAGGGGGACAUCAGCGAGCAAAGGCCGGGAUGGAAAAGAAGAGUUCAUGGUUUCUGGUUUGCGUAAUAGCAGAGGCUAAGUAGGCAUAAAGGAGACCGUAGUGCUGGUGAGAAGUGUCAAGCCCCUUGCAAGGCCUUGCUCUGUAAAAAGAAGACAUGAAUCCUACAAACGAUGAUCCAGUGUUUGGGACCAUUUUUGACUGGGACUAUCUUUUAUGGGAAGUUCGUUUGACAUUUUUAGCUGCUGGUUUUUUAAUCUACCUGGGAGUAUUUCUUCUGUCUCACUGGUUGUCUUCAUGGAUAAGUACCACUUAUCGUGCCUUGUAUGCAAAGGAGAAGGUGUUUUGGAAUAUGGCAGUCACACGUGGUGUGUUUGGACUUCAGAGUUGUGUUGCUGGAUUAUGGGCUUUGCUCAUAGAUCCUGUUUUUCAUGCUGACAAAGUGUAUUCACAGCAAAAGUGGAGUUGGUUUAACUGUUUAAUAGCUGCUGGAUUUUUCUUGCUUGAAAAUGUAGCUGUUCACAUGUCCAACAUUAUUUUUAGAACAUUUGAUGUGUUCUUGGUAGUUCAUCACUUGCUUGCUUUUGGUGGCUUGGCUGGUCUAGUAAUUAAUGUGAGAUCUGGACAUUAUCUACCUUUGAUGGGAAUGUUGCUGGAGAUGAGUACUCCCUCAACGUGCAUUUCCUGGAUGCUUCUAAAGGCUGGCUGUGCUAAUACCUUUUUCUGGAAGGCAAACCAGUGGGUGAUGAUCCACCUGUUUCACUGCCGCAUGAUUCUUACUUAUCACAUGUGGUGGGUGUGUAUUUUCAAUUGGAAUUCUGUGGUGGAAAACCUGGGACUUCUUCAUUUUAUUGUUUUAUUCUCUGGAUUAUUUGCUGUUACACUAAUACUUAACCCAUACUGGACAUACAAAAAAACUCAGCAACUCCUCAGCCCAACUGACUGGAACUUUGAAAAUAAAACAACGGAAAAUGGAAAAUUAAAUGGUGAAACGCAUCAAAAGAAGAGGAUAUAACGCUGAAACAGCUGUUUCCUAAUAGGGUAGCGGAAGAAUACAAUGCAAAGUAAUUCUUUGCCCAUGAACUAGAAGCUUUUGCAAGAAGCUCAUUAACACAGUGAUUCCUUGCUGGUUGUAUUCUGUAUGCACCAGAAGUAUUUAAAAGCAUUGUUUGUGUUUCAUAUGCGCAUACGCGUAAGAUCUUCAACCGCUUAGUUAUAAAUUAUGUCAACAAUUUUGUCAGAUUGGACAGUAUUUCAUGAUUUAGUAGUGUCAUGUUCUCUAAUGGUAUCCUUUGUCCUAAUGCUUCAAAGUGGCUUAACAGUUAAUGUGUCUAUUAAGCUCAGCUUGAAUCAAGUUUAGCUUGAAUCCUGUUUCACGUACAUCAGAGAUACUGAUACUGGAAAUUCUGUUAAGUUUUACAUUAAGAUCAAUUAUGACCCAAGUUAGGUAUGCAUGGGUACCUAGUUCUGUGUGCCAUUAAAUCAUUCCAAAUGGCUGAAUUGGUCAGUGGUAGAAUGCAGUCAUGGCUGGGCUUUGGGUGGGGUUUUUUUUGUUUGUUGUGUUUUGUUUUUUUUUCUUGUUUUACGUGCACUUUAGGAAGAUAAUUGUUUGAGUGUUCACUGUCAAAGUGAGUUGUAGUUUCCAGGUUGCCCUCAUAAUGGGAUGAGUUCGUAUCUACCACAAAAAAGCAAGUAGGAAUGCAGGCAUUCGUUAUACUGGUGGUCUAGCUAGGUAAUCAAUCUAGCUAGGUGGUCCCUUCUGGACUUGAAAUCAAUUAAAUACAGGAGGCAAUGAUAGAACGUUUGACUCUCUCAUCCUUGAAAAGAUUGCUGGUUGAUUGGUAAAGUUAUUUUCUUUUUAAGUCCCACACGACAGAUCAUGCAAUUAAUUCCGCUAGUGCUCCUGUUAUGGUUCCUCUUAUUUUUGGAAAUUCUCUGUUAUAGAGGGUUUUAGAAACUGAGAUGACUCCUCUGUGGAGGAAAGCCCAUAUUACCCCCUUUAGGAGUUCAGUUGUUGUUUUAAGUAUUUUAAUUUUAGUUUGAAGAACAUAAAAAGUAACACUAACAGUCCUUUGCGCUUUAUCUGCCACAUCACUAAAUCUUUCCUUGACCUAAGGAAUAGGAUUGCUUUUUAGAUAGGAGGGGCUUGGCAAAUUGUGGUGGAUGUUCUCCCGCUAAUAGUAUUGGUCUGACGGUUACUGGGUGAAAUUUUGGACAGCGGAUGAUGGUAUAAAGAUCACGAUAGAAGAGAGUGACACCUAGUGGCAGGAGAAUGACAAAUACAUUAAUUAGUUUUGACACCCUUAACUAUUGAGAUAAAAAGCCCCUCAUUUGAAACUUUGAUACGUGGUGUGAUGUGACUGCUACACAGGUUUAUUUCCCAAAGUAAUAAGACUGGGCAAGGCCAAGCUGUGAAGGAUUUUAGGUCAAGACAUGUGUUAGAGGCUUUGUGUACUGAUCUGUGGUGGAGCAGACUGUUUUAAAUAUGUAAGGGAAACUCUUGUGUAAACAACCCCAUUUUAUUAAUUUUUGGUGAGAAUGUCUUGGAUUUUGUUCUGAGUGAAGGGAGGAAGCUAGUGGUCAGCUUGCUGUGUUCUCUAAUUCACUUUGUGUGAGCACAGAGCUGAAGGGCUGCUCUAUGAGGGAGAGGAAAUGUCUUACUGUUAGAUCACAAGUGUAUAGCUGGAUCUUGUUGAUAACGAUCAAGUGGUGAAUAUCUGAAAUUGCCCAGUCAAAACUAUGCUUAGAGAAUCCUAGUAAUUUUACACAGCAACACUAUCUGUUAUCCUGCUGAUACUCAGUAGAGAGAAGUUAAAUUUUGAGCUACCUUAUUAUUUCUAAGCAGGCCAGAAUGAGUUUGCAGCAUUUUGGCAGGGUGGCCUGUCUGGAUGCCAUCCUACAGAAAAAAGGCUUCUCUAAAGCUGAAAAGUAGGUACCUCUCCUGAGGGGUUGUGUGUGAGAGAGAGUACUGUUAAAAGUACUUCAGAAGGAAGCAGAUGGAUGAAUUCCUCGGAAACAGAACCCAAAUAUAUGAUCCAAAUGCAUAUCUUGCAGAAUCCAAACCUCGUGGAAGAUGGAGAAGUCACCAGAUAACAAAAUGAUGGUACGCUCUAUGCAGCUUAAAACUUAAAGGUUUGGAUUCAGUGAAACAAGGUAGUAAUUACAAAAAUCCCAGAUACAGAAUUCUGAAGAAUCCUAACAGAAGAUGGAAGCAUCAGAAGAGAAAUAAGUUUAGGCCAAGUGUGUAAUUCUUAUAGUGGCUGGCUAAAGGAGGUGAAGUUUCUAUAUGCUAAAAUAAAACAAUAUGGAGGGUUGGGGUUAGUAGUGAAUUUGGGACUGAUAAGAGUUGAGGUGUGGUCAAAGCAGCCAGGUGGAUAGUUAUAUCAGUGGCACUAGACCUCCAAAGUUUAAUAUUUUGUAUUUAUUAAUAUGUAUAAUGUUAUUAAGAGGAUUUUAAAUCUUUCAUUAAAAGUAUUUUUUAUCACAA